CGGCUCUUUCAAAGGCUGUGCGUCGUCUCUUAUGAAAAUAUUGGUGUAGUGACAUACAUUGAUGAGUUGGCCCAAGAGAUGAAGGAAUUUACUGCAAUUUGGCUCAUAUUUCUGUACUUUUUAUGCAUUUUAAUUAGUCAAAAUGACGCACGCUUGCCUAACGAAAUACAAUGCGGCGAUAACGACUGUUCUACACCAAUUUCACGAGCCAAAACACUUCUACGCUAUACAUCAGGUUUGGAAGGAGGUGUUUCAUUUCCCAAAGGAAUAGAGGUUGAAGUCUUUAGUAAGAGAGAUGACGCCUGGGGUAUAAAGGUUGGCGACAAAAUUGGAUUUGCUCCGAAGACAUUUGUAAGGGAGAUUAAAGUUUACAUACCUACUAAAAGCUUGGUCACUGUAGUUCAAGAUGUCUCAGCAAAAACUGUCCAGGUUGACAGUACCCAAAAUGAAUCAGCUGAUGUGGCAUUGGAAAAGACCAAAGAAAUUCCAUCUGUUCUUGGCUCUUUGCUCAGUUUUCCCUCAAUGGCCUCAGCUGAAAGUGUUGAAGGGCAACAGCAAAACCUUCCAACACCUUCAUCUCCCCAAUCUGAGGUUGUUGAUGGCACCACCAUCUGGCUAGAUCCUAUGCCCCCAAUGCAAGCUGCCGAACAACCAGCUUCCCCUAAUGUGUCUGACAACAAGGGACAGGAGUCUAGUACUACUUCUGAAAAUAUCCAAGAUGAUGUCAAAACACCAGAAGUAAGUGAGAGUGCUGACAGCAAAAUUGAUGUGCCCACCACUCAUAAUUCUGAAGAAGUUUCUGAGACUCCUACCACUCCUGUACCAUCAGAUAAUUUUGUAACUCCUCCAUAUGAUGGUGGGGAAUUCGAACCUGAAAAGCAAGAGGUCACAACUGAUAUACCUGAGGCUUCACCUGAAAAACCAACUGAGCCAGCAGCUGACCAAUCAUCCCGUGAUGAAUCAAUUGAAACAACAACUGAGCCAGCGACUGAUGAAACAACUGAGUCACAAGAUAUUCAACCUACUCAAGCGGGCUUGAUGUCUAACUUAUGGAACACUAUGUUCAACAGUGGUGAUGGUACUGAAGAAAAUAGUCAAGAAAAUGAUGGGGAAGAAGAUGAUGAGGAUGGUGAGGAUGUUGAUGAAGGGGAUGAUGGUGAAGAUGGCUCAGCGGAAGAAGAAUCUAACCCAAAUAGCAGUGAACCUGCAACCCCAACCUCACCAUUACCUGUUGGUCAGGCUGACAUCUCCUCGAAUGUUAUUGUCGAAAAUCUUCAGAAGACUUCAGCAUCACCUGAUGAUCUAGCUGACUCUUUUGCCCAGACUCAGUACAUUCAACAAAGUGAGAAUGUAAGGCUUGCUCGACAAGUUGGACCUGGAAGUGAAGAACUGAUUUCUGAAGAGGUUCCUGAAGAUCAAGUUGAGAAAGUUAGUGAAGAGAACCUAGAAUCAGUUUCACCUCCUAACAUAUUAGACAGCAGAGAAGAGAAACAGUCAAUUGAUUCAAACAGCAAUGCUCAAGAUGGCAACACAAGUCAAGUGGUUGAUGAAAAGCCGGAGCAGGAAAAGAUCAAUGAACUUUUGAACAAUGAAGAGCCGAAACAGAAAGAGGAAAGUGGUCAGCAGCAGGAAACGGAACUAGAAGAUGGUCAAUGGAAGGAGGAACAGCUAGAGGCCGAACAGAAACUUAAACAAGAGGAGGAACAGAAAAGACUUCAGGAAGAGGAGGAACAGAAAAAACUUCAAAAGGAGGAGGAACAGAAAAGACUUCAAGAGGAGGAACAGAAACGACUUGAGGAGGAGGAACAGAAACGAUUGCAAGAGGAGGAACAGAAACGACUUGAGGAGGAGGAACAGAAACGACUGCAGGGAGUGGAGCAGAAACGACUUCAGGAGGAGGAGGAGGAACAGAAACGACUGCAGGAGGAGGAACAGAAACGACUGCAGGAGGUGGAGCAGAAACGACUUCAGGAGGAGGAGGAGGAACAGAAACGACUGCAGGAGGUGGAGCAGAAACGACUUCAGGAGGAGGAGGAGGAACAGAAACGAUUGCAGGAAGAGGAGUGGAAACGCUUACAGGAGGUAGAGCAGAAUCGUCUGCAGGAGGAGGAGAAGCGCAAGCUGGAGGAGGAUGCCAGAAUGCGUGAAGAAGAAAAUCAGAAGUUGUUUGAGGCCGAGCAAGCAAUGAUUCGGGAAAAUGAAGCAAAGCAAAGAAUCAGAGAAGAACAAAUGAAAAGAGAAAAGGAAGAUGCCAAGAGAUUACAGGACUCUCAAAAGUUACGUGAAUCUUUGGAGAAAGAGAGAGAACAAUUUAAAUUGUCUCAAGAUAUUCAACAACCAGUUCCUGAAGUAAAUAAUAUUUUAUCCGAGCAAAAUUUAACGUCGUCAAACAAACUGGAGCAAGAUAUUGUAAAAUCUGAGCAAGAUGCAUCUAAUUCUGAGCCAGAAACAUCUGAGGGGAUAUUUUCAUGGAUUUCAGGACUCUUUGGAAGUAAUGUUGAGACUGUCAGUAAUGGAUCUGAUCAGGAACCUGUACUUCCCCCACAAUCAGAAACACUGCAACAGUCUUCAUCCCCUGCUAGUCAUGUCUCUCAUAGUCAUCAUCAUGAAAAUCCAUUGGAACGUCAACAUGAACACCCUCCUGUGUGGAGCUCGGCCCAUCAGACUAUGUGUUCUGCUUCUGAGGCAGGCUGUGACAUGAAAGUAGAAUCAGAUUCUGAGCAUGAGGCAAGUUCUCUGUUUUUGGGACUACAAAUGCCCUCACUGGAUGUGAUCCUACUACGCUUGGUAGCCACUGCUGUUUCAUUGUUGAUUGGAGCAGUCUCUUUUUAUUUCCUUCGUAAGAAACAUGUUGAUUCCUCUCUUGUUGCUCGCAUCAAUGAGCUUGAGAAACAGCUUCUAGUUGCCUCCAAGGAGGCUGUGAUUCUUAGGGAAGAAGUAUCUACUGUCGAUACAAGUGCCAAUUCUGAAGAGGUUAACUUAUUACAAGAAGAAUUAGAAUCUUGCCGUCUUGUCAGGGCAGAUCUUGAAGAGCAAGUGUCUACCCUUGAGAGAGAACUGGAGGAAGCAACUGAAACUGGUAUUGAGCUCAACAAGCUUCUCUCUGAAACACUAGAAGCCAGCAAAGGAAAGGCACACGCAGGACUAGCAGAUAGUGUUGAACGUCUCCAGCGGCAGUUAGACGGUCAGAAAGACCGAGUUGACAGCCUUACCCGAAGUCUCAAGUCAACAAGUGCUGAGAAUGAAAGCUUAAAAUCAUUGCUUGCUGAGAACAAGGAGAAAAUAUCUGCUUUGGAAGCAGAACUAUCUGCAGCAGCGGAUAUUGCCAACAACAUUCGAAGAGAGAAAGAGGAAGCAAAUGUACUAGCUGCUCAGGAGUUACAGCAGGUUCAGUCAAGACUUGAAGAUGCUCUUUCCUCCAAAGUCCUUGAGGAAUCGCGACUGCAUUCUGAAUUAUCUGCGCUUAAACUAAAGCAUGAAACACUUCGAGCGGCUCUGUCAAUGAGAGAUGCUGAAGUAAAAGCUUUGCAAGAUACCCUCAAAGAGUUGGACUCUAAUGGAGGCAAGGCAGAUCAAUUAUUGGAUGUUUCCAAAGUUAAGGCUGAACUUGAAGAGGCCAAAAAAGAUAAAGCUACUUUUGAGGAGAAAUACAAUGUGGAAGAAAAAGCAAGGAAAGACCUUGAAGAUCGCCUUGCCAACAUUUCUGAAACUCUAAAGAAACUUGAAGGCAAUGUGGAAAUUGCAGAAAAAAACAAAGAAGAGGCAGAAACUCGCCUGGCCGUCCUUUCCAAUUAUUUUAAGGAGAAAGAGGAACAACUUCAAAAAGAGUUGGGUCUGAAGGAAGCAAUAGUUGCUCAACAUCGUGGUGAUGAAAGCACUGUUGUUAAACACUUACAAUCAUUGCAAGAGGAAGUAAGCACUUACAGGGCACAAAAUGAGUCUUUGAAGAAGGAAAUUCUUGACCAGGAGAGAGACUUCAAAGCCCAAAUGGCCACCUUAGAGAAAAAAGCUCAUGAUAAUUGGAUGACAGCAAGGCAAGCAGAACGAAGACUUGAAGACUCGCGGCAUGAAGCUGCCCAGCUCCGUAAUCGUCUCACUCUCGUAGAAAAACACAAUGCAGACCCCAAUGCCAGACUUGAUGCCAAUGGAGAAGGUGGUGUGGCUUCACCAGUAAUGAUGAUGCCACUGCCCCCACUUGGAGACAUGGAAACUCCACCUCCCCUUCCACCAUUUAUGUUUUCACCACCUCCCUAUCCCCCUCCUUUUAUGCCUCCCCCUCUUCCACCCCACCCAAUGGGUAGACCACCUCCUCUUGGAAGGAUGUCGUCCCCCCCUCCCCCCUUAGGUCAAUUUUCUCCUCCUCCUCCACCCUACGACCGUUUGGAUCGAUCAAGUAGAUCACCAUCACCACCCCCUCAUAGGUACCAUCAUCGCAGCCCUCCUCCACCCCAUCAGUGGGAUCCUCCUCCAUCAAGCUUUAGACCUGUCCCAAAGCCCUCUCCCAAGAAGCCUAGUGAACACCGGGACCACAAAGGUUCAAUUCAUAAUUCAGGACAUUCAAAUGAAUCAAUGGAUAAGUCAAGAGAGCAUGUGUGAUACACUUCAAGCUAGAAACUUUAUUUGUUGUCGAUUUUAGGUUUAAAGAAGAGAUUUUGACGUAUUAUUUCUUACUAUGUAGUUUGGAGACAUGUUGUAUUUGUGUGUUUUACAACUCUUGCCUUAAGUCACAACAAAUUUCUUACCAGAUUAUAUGUUUAAAGACCAAAAUUUUGGUUGAAUUUUAUAUUAAUAUGAAUUUUGUAUCUGUGAUCAGGUUUAAAGUGAAUGACCUCCUAAAAUCAUAUCUGCUGUAAUUCUGAAAUGCAGGAGUACCAAUUUAAUUGUGACAAAAUGUUGUACAGUGUAUCUCUUUCCUAAGUUCUCUAAUUGGUUUUCAUGUCUGAACAUCGUGUAGUAAAUGGUUCUGAGUAUAUUUUAAAAAAAACUUUUUGGGGUCUCUGCUUAGUGUUUGUAUUUGAUUGCAAGUUUGCAAGGUCCCUCAAAGAGUCAGCCGGUUUUCUUCAUCUUUAUUUUCUGUAAUGUUUGUGUCGAACAUUAUUGAAAGUGUGCUUAGUGCUAGACUGAUACAGUUUAAGUAGUCCUAUGGUUGCUGAAUGAAUUGUCAAGAACUGCUCAUUUCUGAUGUAGUGACCCACUGUCAGGUACAGUAAGUCUAUGCCCAUAUUUUAAAUAUUUAAAGUAGUCUUGUGGGCCUAGCUUGUUGGUUUUGUGUUCCUCAAAUCUUAUUGAAAUGGCAAUUUUAAUCCUAAAAAGACAGAAGCAUGAUAGUGCUGUGUUACAUCAAACAGUCCAAAAUGAAAGCUAACAUUUGAAAAUGUAGGUACCGCAAAUAUUGAUUGAAAUUGGAUGAAAUGGGGAAAGUAUAGUCCAUUGUGGAACAUAAUAAAUUUACAUAGCUGUACUUAGAAUUAUGUUAUUCCGACUUUGCUGGCAAGUCUCUCUUUCUAAAAGAUUCUAUUUGAAUUGAGAUGACAAAGUUGUGCAUGUCUCUUACGUUGUUUGGGCCUUAAAUGUGGCAUUGUAGGAGCACACUGUAAAUCUAAAUCAGGUAUAUGUUCUCCUCAAUUUGUAGUAAUUAUUGAUUCAAACAUUUGGAUUUGUAAAUGGAAUGGAAAGACCAAUGAUGAAAACAAUGCUGAGUGAUCUGUUGGUUUGCACUCUAGUCUAAUUUUAAUGUGUGGAGGAGUAGGUAUAGAAGUGUUACAGGGUACAUUUUAUAACUUGCUUUGUCAUCAGUACUAAAGCUUUUUUUGUUGUUGUUAUGAACCAUCAUGAUUGGGAUUCAAAUACCUGGUGUAAAUGUUAUUCUGAAAAGUCUUCUCAGGGUAACGUCAGAAAUUGUAGUCAUUAAAACUUGGUCAUGGCAUUUCUAAGGAUUGCAUGUCAAGUAAAUUUUACAUUUUGUAUGAUUUUAACAUUUCUAUCAAUGAUUUGUUUUUUGAGUGAUGUACCAUUGGAUGUGUAUGUAAACAUUCAUUUCAAUGUCAUUUUAAAAAGAACAAUUAUAUGUCUCAAAAGGAUAACACUUUCACAAUUAAUUUACUUUUGUUACACCCCAAGAAAAAAAGAAGACUGUUUCUCUGUGUUCAUAGUCAAAAGCUGAGUCUGAUGCGGUAAUGAUCUGGUAAUGAUACAAUAAGUACCUAAAUAACAUUUAUGACAAUAUGAAAGGAUGAUUAAAUGUACCAAGUAAUUUCAUUAGGUAAAUUUGAAAUUGGAAAUUAGGUCCUUUUUUAGUGAAUCCAGCGAGCACUUUGUCUGUACGGCUCCUUCUCUGGUAUAUCAAAGGUUUGCAAACCACUUUCAUUGCCUUUCAAAAGAAAGUAAUAAAGAAAUAGUGUGGUGACACGUUCCUUAA